AUGGCGACCCCAACCCAGGCCCCCACCAAGGUUCCUCAGGAACCUGACCCAUUUCACUAUGACUACGACACAGUGCAGACUGUGGGCAUGACUCUGGCCACCAUAUUGUUCCUGCUGGGCAUCCUCAUCAUCAUCAGCAAGAAGGUGAAGUGCAGGAAGGCGGACUCCAGCCCAACAUGCAAGUCCUGUAAGUCGGAGCUUCCCUCCUCAGCCCCAGGAGGUGGCGGUGUGUAA